AUGGCGGAGAAGCAGCAGCAGGCAUAUCAACCACCGAUGUCCAACGGCUACAACAGGGCGGACGAAGAGGCGGGAGCAGCUCAGAAGGAAGAGCUCCGCCGGCAGAAGCGGAAGAAGUGGAUACUGUAUAUCAUAGCCUUUGUGAUCUUUCAGACGGCUGUUAUUGCCUUGUUUUCCAUGACGGUGAUGAAAUUCAGAACUCCCAAGUUUCGGAUCCAAUCCGCCACAUUCAACCAUAAUUUCCAAACAUCAAACUCUCCCUUCAAUCUGACGAUCGGCGUGAAGAACACCAACUUCGGCCCUUACAAGUUCGACAACACCACCAUCUUGUUCUACCACCAAAACGGCGCCCUAGCGGGCAGCGCCGCCGUCCGGAAGUCCAAGGCCAAUUUCCGAUCGACCAAGAAGCUGGACGACGUCGCCGUAGAUUUGGUCAUGCCGGACUCAGGGAUCCUGCCUCUGACCGCCAAGGCGGAGAUGAAAGGGAAGGUGACGAUCAUGUUCAUGUUCAAGAAGAAGAAAUCCACAAAGUUGGAUUGCUCCAUGGAAGUCAACACCAAUACAAAGGCGCUGCAGAACGUGAAAUGCAAGUGA